GCAUCUGUAUACACAAGGUAAUGGCGAUCCAGCUCUAAUACGGCUGCAAGUAGCAAGCUAGGCUGGUAGAGUUACUUAGUUUGUAUCCUUUUUCUCCUGCUGAAGUAAUCCAGCUAGCGGAGACUGCAGAGACUGUCCCUUCUUGGAAGAAAGGGGAAAGAAGACGGAAGAAAGAAAUGGCUGAAGAAAGUUCGAACAAGAAAAUGAGCUCUCCAACCAAAGAGAUGAAUAACGGUGACAAGGAAUCGCUCUUUCACGUCAUCCACAAGGUUCCUUUUGGUGAUGGUCCUUAUGUUCGUGCCAAGCAUGCUCAGCUAGUUCAGAAGGAUCCGGAAUCUGCGAUUGUUUUGUUCUGGAAGGCUAUCAAUGCAGGAGAUCGAGUAGACAGCGCCCUUAAGGACAUGGCAGUGGUGAUGAAGCAGCUGGAUAGAACUGAAGAAGCCAUCGAAGCUAUCAAGUCUCUUAGGGGACUUUGUUCUAAACAAGCUCAGGGAUCACUGGACAACGUCCUCAUUGACCUCUACAAGAAAUGUGGAAGAGUAGACGAACAAAUAUCGGUGCUGAAGCAGAAGCUUCGGAUGAUUUAUCUCGGACAGGCUUUCAAUGGAAAGCCCACAAAGACUGCACGCUCUCACGGGAAGAAAUUUCAAGUUUCCGUCAAGCAAGAAACUUCAAGAAUACUGGGAAAUUUAGCUUGGGCGUACAUGCAGAAAUCGAAUUAUAUAUCUGCAGAGGUAGUCUACCGGAAAGCACAAAUGAUCGAGCCUGAUGCCAACAAGGCUUGCAACUUGUGUCACUGCCUAAUUCAACAGGCACGAUACGACGAGGCACGUUUGAUUCUUGAUGAUGUUUUGCAAGGAAAACUUGCGGGUUCCCAUGACCCCAGGACCGGAGCUCGUGCUCAGGAAUUGUUUUUGGAGCUCCAAACAAGGCAGCCUCCACCGCAAUUUCCAGGCCUGGAUUCAGAAGAUGAUCGUGACUUUGUUGAUGAGCUCGAGCGGCUGCUGGAUGUGUGGGCUCCUCCUAGAUCCAGGAGGCUUCCAAUCUUUGAAGAGAUUACACCUUUUAGAGAUCAAAUGGCUUGCUGAUUGAAAACCAGCCUUUUGUUCUCGAUAUGUUUUCCUGUGGUUUGCUUCAGUAGUUUUUUCUUUUCCGUUUUUCGUUUCUCUUAUUAGAGAUAAUGAAUUUGUUAGUACUUGUUAGGGUGUGUGGAUAGCAGAUGGGAUGAGAAGAAAUCAUGGUUUCGAAGAGAAGAAAGAUGCUAGAUAAUGGGUCUCCCAUGAUCCCACUCCGAGCCCUCAUUUGUGAAGGAGUAUAUAUGUACAUGGAUUUAAUUUACUUGAAUGAAUUUGGAGAAUGAACCAUUUUCCUCAAAAAAUUUUACAUCACGUGCUAUUAUAUUU